AUGGGAUUAAGUCAAUGGAGUUAUUCUCUAGAUAGUCAUUAUGAAAAUUCUAGUACUAUUAGUAAUACAUGUAGAAAUAUUUUAAAAAGUUGUGUAGAAUGUAUCGAUAAUAUAUAUAUUAACGCUCCCGAAAUUCUUACUCAUGAAAAUUUUUAUUUUAUUGAAAUUGAAGUUCCCGGGAUGAAUUCAAUUAUUGACGAAUUUGAAAUAGAAUUAAAAACUUUGGAGCAACAAAAUAAAAAAGCUCUUAUUAUAAUGGAAACCUUAUCAGCGUUUAAUGGUGUUGAUGGUAUUCCCGAACAAAGUUUUAAUGAAGUACGAGAAAAAACCCGUAUAGAAUUUGAGUGGAGUUACAGUACUUAUAGACAUCGUUUAGAAUUGUUUAUGCCAACUUUUAAUCAAUUAAUUAAAAAAAUACAACGUAAAAUUAAUGAAAUUAAUGAAAGAAUUGAAAGAGAUAUAGUUAAUAAGGUAAAUAUAAGUGAGGAAGAAAUUUAUGCUGUUGAUGUUGUUGAUGCUGUUGAUGCUGUUGUUGAUGCUGUUGGUAACGUUGAUGUUGAUUUUGAAUUUGUCGAUUAUAAAGAAGAAAAUCUUGACAAUGGGGAUAUUUGGAGAAUGGAUUAG